CAAAAUCAAACAACAGAAAUAACCCGUCCUCAUAAUUUCAACAGAGUAAUUUCUGAAAUCCUUUUCUUCUUUUUUGCAUGGCAGUGUCACAUUCACACUUCAAAAUUUCAAUUCAAUGGGAAAGAACAAAAAAGUUGAACAAAACAAAUUAAUAGUAGUUGAAUUCAAGGUCUCAAUGCAUUGCAACGCUUGUGAGAAAACUGUUGCAAAAGCCAUCUCUAAGUGUAAAGGAGUGGAAAAGUUCGUUACUGACAUGAACCAACACAUGGUGGUGGUAACGGGUCGAAUCGAUCCGAAAAAAGUAUCGAAGAAACUAAAAAAGAAGACAGGAAAAAAAGUGGAGAUUCUUUCCAACAAGGACGAGGAAUCAAACACUGAAUCAGACAGACUGGUUAUAAUACCACCAUUUCCCUUUGAAAAUGAUUGUUGUAUAGAAACACAAGAUUUGAUGAUGUUCAGUGAUGAAAACCCAAAUGCAUGUUCAAUAAUGUAGAAGAUUCUGCACUAUUUGUUGUUGAUAUGUAUUUAUUCUUUCAAUUGAAAUAUUGUUUUGUUUAUUGA